AUGUGUUGUGCCAGGUACACCAAUUACCUGUUCCGUAGUGUUGUGAAAUACACAUGUGGAUUAGCAAGCCGCGAAAGCGACGCCGAUAUGUCGCUGAAACAGGGCAGCGGCACCGGCAAAGUCCACUUCGGUGGUUUGGACGAUGUGUCCCUGUACGGCACGCCAGUGGAACCAGCUCCUCCAACGACGGACGCCAAGCAAGGCUUCCUUCGGAAUCAACUGCAGGCUCUCUUCCAACCCACCGACAAUAAACUAGCCAUGAAACUCUUCGGUUCUAAGAAAGCUCUAAUGAAAGAGCGCAUCAGGCAGAAAGCGGCUGGUCAUUGGGUCAUACAUCCCUGCAGUAGUUUCAGGUUAGUGAAUUAUUUAUGUAAAUCCUAA